CACGGAGAGAUAGCAGGCGGCACAUCACCCCGGGAGACGCUUUCACUGUGCAAAAAUCUGAGAGAACAGCCGGGAUUAAAGGGACACAACCUCACCUGUCCGCAAGCUGCAACUGAGGCCAUGUGUCGCCUGCCGGUGGCGUCACUCUUCAUUUGCUUCUGGUUGGUGGAGAGGAGCCACUGUGAUGCCAGCCUUCAAGACAGCAUGGGGGAGCUGCACUCCAGGUUCGCCGUCAGUCUCUACCAAACGCUCGUAGAGACAGAAAACAACUCCAACCUGAUUAUGUCCCCGGUGAGCGUCUCCCUGUCCUUGGGGCUGCUGCAGCUCGGUGCCAGGGGAAACACACUGGCUCAGCUGGAGGAAACGCUUGGAUACAAUGUCAACGAUGUGCAGGUACAGGACUUCCUGUUGCAUUCACAGAACGAUGUGGGCAAUGCCAGUCAAGGAAUGUGGCUACAGCAGGCCUGUGCCUUAUUCAUCCAGAGUGGCGUCCAACUCCUCACAGAGUUUACACAGCAUGCAGCAGCCUGGGCCAAUACCAGUGUGGUCCGUGCCAACUUUAGCCAGCCCAACCACACUCGCAGUCAGCUGGAACGAUGGGGACACAACCAUGGCAGUGAUGAGACAUGGCCCCUCCAGGCAGGAAGCAGCAGUGGGGAGCUCUCAGGCUCAGGCGAAGCCCAGGCAGAGGCCUUGUUUUGGGGCCGCCGGCUGCAGAUGGCCCUGAUCAACACGGUGGCCUUCCGAGGUGUCUGGCAGAAACAGUUCCUCUUUACCAACACCCAGAACCUGCCCUUCACCCUCUCCGAUGGAAAUGCCAUCAAGGUGCCCAUGAUGUACCAGGCUACAGAGGUCAGCUUUGGUCAGUUCAGGACAGCAUCAGAGCAGCGCUACACAGUGUUGGAGCUGCCCUACCUGGGACGCUCCCUCAGUCUGCUGGUGGUGCUGCCCAGUGAUAGGAAGACCCCCCUGUCCUCCCUGGAGUCCCAGCUCACCCCACGGCAACUGGCGUCCUGGGACACGGGUCUCCGCAGAACCAAGAUGGACAUUUUUCUACCAAGGUUCAGAAUGCAGAGCAAGUUCAACCUGAGGUCAGUGCUGCCCUCCAUGGGCAUCAGUGAUGCCUUUAACCCGACAACAGCUGACUUCACUGGCAUAUCAGUGGAGGAAGGUCUCUACGUGUCUGAUGCCUUCCAUGAAGCAAGAAUAGAAGUCACAGAAGAUGGGACCAAAGCAGCUGCUGCUACAGCUAUGGUGCUACUCAAACGAUCCCGUGCUCCUGUCUUCAAGGCUGACAGGCCCUUCUUGUUUCUUUUGCGACAAGUUAACACAGAAUCCAUCUUGUUCAUGGGACGUGUGAUGAAUCCAGCUGAGCAGGAACCCUAGGAUCUAAGACUCUUACACCUCAACACCUCACACACACCUACCCCCACCCCUAUUUCACUACCGAUAUUUAUUCUGGACCAACAGGAGGGUCCACAGAUACUUCAGGAAGAGGGACAAUAUUUUUGUAUAUAUCUGUAAAUAAA